GCAUAGGAUUUCCAGAUGAUUUUCCUACGAAUAAGUAUUCCAUACGUGCAUGUGCGUAUGUACAAUUGUGGUAAACUCCGCUUGUAGUUUGUGGGAGGUUUUUGGAGUUAGGCGAGGGCGAAUGUCGAAUUUUCUUACCGUGGGUCGAAGAUGCGCGUGUCAGGAGACCGCAGGAAAAUGAAUAAUGACGAAACGGCCAGGAAGUAAAAAAUGAUCGAAUCAAAAUGAGGAGAAUGUAUAACACUGCAGCAGAUGCCCGAACUACUGAUUGUCUCGAACAAACGAGACGUUUGCACAAGGGUAUAACAGAUAUUGCCAAAAGAUUAGACGAACAAAAAAGCCGUGCAUUAACGAUAACAGACUUAUUUACCCCCUUGGGGGAAACAUUACGCGCAAAAUUGAAAGAUUAUUGUGUAAGAUUAAUAACUAAAGAUCCUGUUGGGUACGCACGUAAAACUGAAGAAUUAUUAUGGAGAAAGGCAUUUUAUGAUAUUGUUUGUGCAUCUAAAAAAUUACGAAAGGGUAAUACUUGGACUGAUGCAGAAAAGGCAAUGUUAUGUGUUCAUUUGGCGGUAGGAGUUGGAUUUUAUCAUCAUUUAAUACUGAAAGUGCAAUUAGAAUAUAAUUUAGAUCUAGUUGGCACUAUUGAUUUUGCAUUUAUGCAAAGUGAAACUGGAUCAUCAAAUGCCAAAAGUAAGGUAAAUCAAUUGAAACAUCACAAUGAAGAAGUGAAACAGUGCGUUAUACGUUUAAUUCAUAGAAGUUUGGUAUGUCUUGGAGACUUAGCUAGAUACAAAUUAGAAUUAGAUCCAUAUUGGGAUCCAAUGAUUGCAAACAGAUAUUAUAAGAUGGCUAUAGCAAUUGAUCCAAAUAUUGGAAUGCCACAUAAUCAAUUGGGAACUGUGGCAGGCAAUAAAAAUUAUGGACUUGAUGCAGUGUACCAUUACAUAAGAUGUGUCUUAUGUACUGAACCAUUUGAAGGAGCAGAAGGAAAUUUAAAACGAGCUAUUGUUACACACUCUAUUUGUACAGAUGAAAAAUGUCUUACACAAAUGUGUGUAUGCAGACUAUUUUCUUUAUUACAAUUAUGGGAUUAUGAUGUACCAAAUUCUGAUAGAAUAAACCAAGAAUGCCAGGAUCUUUUAACAAACAUUGAAACUUGCUUGAGCAUAGAACAAUCUGAAUCAGGUGAUACAAAUUGCAACGAAAAAGAAUGCAGUAUCGAAGUAUAUCUUCAAAACUGCAAAAAUGUACACACAAAUUAUUUAACAGAUGAUAUGAUAUUCAAAAUUGUGGCUAUAUGCCUAAUGUCCAUUUCAAGAUUAAAAACUAAGGAAUCAAGUGAGGUACAAGGUGUUGUAGCUAUAACUUUGGCAAUAUUAUCUCAAUUAAUGCAAUUUACAAUAACAAAAUUACAAGAGUCUUUUAUAGACUUACCAUUGCCAAAUAUAGAAUUAACUAUAAACAAAAAAGAGAACAAAUGUAAUAUUGAAUCUAUAAAUAUUGAAGAUAAAGAUAACGUAAAGCAGUUAAAUUUAGAUGAAAAUAACAAAUCUAUAAGUUUAAACGACAAUAAAAUGUCUGAAAAAGAAAAUGCAGAAGACAACGAUGUUCAUAAUGGUACACGAAAAACUCGGGACAAGCCUAAAAGUUUACUUACGAAGCUUCGACGAAGAAAACGAAAAAACAGUAGUGAAUCAGAUGCAAGUGAUGGUGACCAUACAACGAUGGAAUCUUCUAGCGACGAAAUAAAUUCUGAUGUUUCUGAAACAGAAGACGACAUACUAAGCGAAGAAAAUGUUUUAUCAGAGGAUGCAUUGUCUGAAGAUAUUACGGACGACGAAGGGACACGUGUACAAAUAAAUAAAGAAACUGCCGAAAAUUCUGAAACGGAGAAAUUAAAUGGACAUCUAGAACCAAAAACAAAAAGUGGAAUUUCUAAUACAGUCAAUGAUUUUGUACAAAACGGCGAACAAACAUCUGAUGAUCAAAUAGAUAAGAAACUCAGUGAUAAAGAUUCAGUAACUAAUUCUGGUAGUACGGUAACAAUUAAUUCCAAUAAUAUAUUGGAAGAAAAUAGUGAAUCAUCGGAUAGAGUAACGUAUAUUGCUCAAUUAAAAAAACAAAAUUUAAAACCAAAUGAAGUGUUGAACAUUUUAAUUGGAAAAGAAGUACUCGCAUCUAUCAAAAUAUGUUGUGAUUGGUUAAGGAGUAACCCGGAUAUUAUUAGGAUAUGUGGAAAAAGUUCACGCACUUUAUUAAAACGCGUUACAGUUUUAUUAAAUUUAAUCAACAUUAACGUGGAUGCAUUAUUCAAAAAUUUUAAGGAUGAUAGUAUGAUUUUAUCAAGCAUAGAUAAAUUGAAGGAAUGCGCUAAAAUAAUUCCAUUGCCGGAGGACAUUGAUUUAAGAGGGUUAAAUCUUUUAGAAGAUUCUCAUAAGUCUCUUAAUUGGAAUAUACUACACAAACAUAAAAUGAAUAAACGAGAAGAAACUCUAUUAAGGGUGCUUAAGUUGAUCGAAUUUGGACAUUUUCUUAGCUCUGUAGAAGAUGCUGGUGUAAAGUAUGAACAGGCAAAACAAUUAUUUGUAACUGUUGAUUUAAAUGCUUGUAAUUCAGCAAAGAGUAACAGCAAAGAUUGGGAAAUGGAUCAUUCGCGAGGAAAAUUAAUGAGACAUAUGGGAAAGUUGUGGUUAAAGGCAGAAGUUGUUGCUUUGGAGACUCGUUUAACAUCUCGUCUCAUGUCUCCUUAUCUGGUACCUGAUCAUGAAGCUUUAUCCAAGCAUACACCAACUCUUAAGCGUUUAGUGUAUGCUAAAAAAUUCAUCGUUGUGAUUCCUAGUGUUGUUGUUUCUGCGUUAGACGAAGUGAAACGCAUUAGUGGCCGAGCAAGAGAAGCAACGCGCUGGUUAGAGGCUCAAUUAAAACGUGGUUCAAGAUUUUUACGUGCUCAAAGACCUCACGAGCGUUUAGCUUUACCAUUUAUAAAAGGACCAAGACCAAAGGAUAAAGAAGCAUGGUUAUUUUUUCAAAUUAUAGAAUGCUGUCACUAUCUUACUCAACAAACGAAAGUUGGUAUAACCAAUGAUUCGGAAACACCAGUUGUAACGUUACUAACGGGUUGCAAUCCAGAUGAUAAAAAAGUUCUUUCCUUUAGUCCAGAGGGAUUGGCAAAAAGUGCAGGUGUCAAUAUUGAAUAUAUUGAAUCAUUUCAUACAAAAUGGAAGGCAUCAAGUAAAAGUCAUGGUUGAGCCUAUUGGACUAAUGAAGAUGAUCAUCUGCUGCUUCCUCGUACUGAAAUGAAGGUAAAAGACUUGGCCCUUCCUGAGAGCUGCAAAUACGGUGAGCUACGGCAAUAGCUGAGCGGGCAAGUCAGAGAGGGCUGGAAACCCAGAAAGGAAAAUCGACGGUUCUCCUGCAAUACAGCCAGUGGAAUUAAUAUUCUUUUUCCAUGAACGAAUUUUAAAUAAUAAAAUGGUUUUCCUUUAAUUACUCAUAUUGUCCUUUAUGUUUAAAAAAAUUGUAUUUUUAGGUAAAUAUUUUUCAAUAAAAGUAAAUAUGUCA